AUGAAAGGCAUCCUCCUGGCUGGUGUCCUGGCAGCACUCACAGUGGUGUCUGCAGAAGGUCUGAGCUGUGUGCAGUGUAACUCCCUGGAGAACUCCUGUGCCAACCACAACGUCACUGAGUGUCCCUUAAAUGCCAGCGUCAGCUGUAGCAGUUUCCUGAUUAACGCAUCACUGGGCAAGGUGUACCAGGACAAGUCCUGCUCCGCGUACAACUGCAGUGAUGGGCUGGUGGACUUCGAGGUCCACGUGAGCGAUGAAGAACGCUUCCACUUUGAAAGCGAGUGCUGCCAAGGGGACUCCUGCAAGAACGCCAGUGAUGAAACGGAGUGGCUCAUGCUGAAAGGCUGCUCCAACAUCAAUAAGUCCACCUGUCAGCUCCUGUCUUCUGGAAACCAGACGAUUGGAAAAGUCUGGUUCAAAAUGUUUGAGUGUAUAGACAACAGCGCCACCUCAACGCCCAUCCCCACCUCAACGUCCAUCCCCACCUCAACGUCCAUCCUCACUUCAACGUCCAUCUCCACCUCAACGUCCAUCUCCACCUCAACGUCCAUCUCCACCUCAAGGUCCAUCUCCACCUCAACGUCCAUCCCCACUAAGCUCAUCCUGACCACUACCCACAGCACUGCGUGCAAAGUCUCCUUCGCCCACGCAGGCCUUGUCAGCCUCCUCUUGCUGGGGUUGCUGCUCUGA